UGCAUAAUCUUGAAAGAGCCUUCCUGACUGGUUAGGGUAUAAAAGACAAAUAGAAACGGUGCCUCUCAUUGGCUUUUCUCCUAGCUUUGCAUCCCGCCCUAUCGCUGCCCCUCUGGACCAAGAGGUCAAUCGGAAGCUACUGGAAUUGGAAAUGGGCACCUAGAGAGGUGCAUCUGGGGACGUUUGUGGUGGCUCUGAGACCCUUGCCACCUGCUUCUCCUCCCACUCAUGGCCAAGCUGGUGAUUCUCGCCACCCCGGCCCCAUUGACGCUGCCUUGAGAGUUGCUCCAGAGUAGGGCUCCAGAGCUUGGAGCAGCAUGGGCACCGAGAAGGAAGAGCCCGACUGUCAAAAACAGUUCCAGGCAGCAGUCAGCGUCAUUCAGAACCUGCCUAAGAAUGGCUCUUACCGCCCCUCCUAUGAAGAGAUGCUGCGAUUCUACAGCUACUACAAGCAGGCUACCGCGGGGCCCUGCCUGGUCCCCCGACCUGGGUUCUGGGACCCCAUUGGACGUUACAAGUGGGAUGCCUGGAACAGCCUGGGGAAGAUGAGCAGGGAGGAAGCCAUGUCCGCCUACAUCACGGAGAUGAAGCUGGUGGCACAGAAGGUGAUCGACACAGUGCCCCUGGGCGAGGUGGCAGAGGAUAUGUUUGGUUAUUUCGAGCCCCUGUACCAGGUGAUCCCGGACAUGCCGAGGCCGCCAGAAACCUUCUUGAGAAGGGUCACAGGUUGGCAAGAGCCAGCGGUGAAUAGAGACGUUCAGGCUGCUCCAGAGCCUUCUCAUCCCCCCAAGGAGCCAGCACCUCCAAGUCCAGAGUCCCGGCUACCAAGAGACUUGGACCUGGAGGUUUUCUGUGACUCCGUGGAGCAGCUAGAGCCAGAGUUGGUGAGAGUGCCUGUCUUGUCCCCUGUUCCUGCUGAAUCCGAGUUGCCCCACCUCCACACUGGGACCGGGGACUCUGCUCAGAGGGUUUGGGCAGAGCAGAAGGAAGCCGCUGGCAGAGAGCUCACCACCAGGAGCAGCCCCGAGUCCCCCGAGGGGUUUGGAGGCAGCCUGAUGGGCCCCCAGGAGUUGGACAGAUGGCUGGUGGGGACAGUCCAGGCCAUGCAGGAAAGCAUGAAGGACGUUCACAGGAGGCUACAGAUCCUGGAGAGCAAGCCCCAGCCACUUGAGCAGUCUCCCAAGUGCUGAGAUUACACGUGCUCACCACCACAUCUGGCGUAUUUCCCUUUCACAGAAGAGGAAACAGAGGUCUGAGAAUUUAGCUUACCAGGGGCCACACAAACCUGGGCGACUUUUACUGAACUGCUUUUGUGGUGCCCAGGACCCAGCGGUCUGGUCAAAUGGGCUCUCUUGAUAGCGCUGUGAUGGCGAAACAGCAAGGGAUGGAGCGCAUACGGCCCCAAGUCUGCUGGUUCCCACCCUAGAGAGAAGUCUGGAGUGGUUCAAACAGGAAUGGGCCUCGUUGCUCUAUUUGGGGAUCUCUAGUGUGAGCCUUUAACCCACUGGGUAUGGUGGAUCUGAGCCCUGGUGACAAGGAUUUCAACACUGCCUCCUUUCCCCCCAGAGCAUUCUCUCCCCUCCCCCAUUUUACCUUUUACCCACUUGAAAUGCAAAAGAUUCCCUACUCCCACUCCCACCCCCACCCCCAACCCACCCCCACACUAGGGAUUCCUGAGUACAGAAGGAAGGAUGCUGUUGUCCACUGAGCUGUGUCGUCAGCCCGCUUUUCUGUUUGAGACAAGGUCUUACUAAGUCGCCCACUUGAAAUUAUAAUGUUUCAUAGAUUAUAAAAUAUCUGGGCUUAGACUCCGGGGUAUAUCUCAGCAAUAGGGCAUUUCCCCAGAAGCACAGGGCUCUUGGUUCGAUCUCUGACACCACCAAAAGGAGGGUGGGGAGUUUAAACCUAGCAUUACCAAGUAACUGAAAUUGCUGGCCAGUGACAUCAGUCCUGGCUAUAAUAGGGGGAAGGGUGGUGGUGGUGGUGGUGGUGGUGGUGUGUGUGUGUGUGUGCGUGCACUCUCGAGUGUGUGUACGUGUGUGUACAUGUGCAUGCACACACAUGUGUAGAAGUCACAGGGCAAUUGUGUGUCUCCUUCUGACACAUGAGUCCCUGACAUUAAAACUUGGGUCACCAGGCUUGGCUGCAAGCACUGUUUCUUGCAGACCCAUCUCACAGAUUUUAAACAUUUUUAAGAUCAUUGAGCCUAAAAAAAAGCAGACCCUUCCUGACCUUUGCCCCUUCUUUUUCUCUCUGUUCCCCCCUCCUUUGUCUCCCUUCCCCAACAAUAAACCUCUCCCACGUGGGAAAAAAAAGAUUGUUAACAGCAUACUAUAACCCUAGCACUCUGGACACAGAGGCAGGAGGAACCAUGAUAUUUGAGGCUAGCCUAAGCUACAUAGUGAGUCCCAGGCUAGCCAAAAAUAAAAAAAACGACUAAAUUGUAAGCAUCAUAAUGCUAAUUCUUUUUUUUUUUUUUGGGGUUCUUUUUUUUCGGAGCUGGGGACCGAACCCAGGGCCUUGCGCUUCCUAGGCAAGCGCUCUACCACUGAGCUAAAUCCCCAACCCCCAUAAUGCUAAUUCUUACAUUCCACUCUGAAUACAUUUUAUUACAAUUAAUUAAUAUCAUUACAUAGGCAACCCAAUUUCAGAUUGUCCUAGUUGUUCUGGAACUCCCUUUUCCAGCGGCUGUUAUCCAGUCUGGGGUCACACACUAAUUCACCAUCUUUAUUGCUGUUGUUGGCUGUGCUGGGAGGCAGGCGUCAAACACAGGGCAUCCGGCUGUGCCUCUAACUUCUCCCUCAGCCUGGAUUAGUCUGAGUAGGAACAUGUAGAAUGCCCUACCUUUGAGGGUCUAAUCGUGGUUGACUUCCUUGUGUCUUGUGUUUCCCUGUGAAAGGAGGGUGAACACACUGGCCAAGGCUCCAUCAGCAGCUUACACUUGUGUUUGGUUUUAGUGUUUUAUUUAUCUGGACUGUGUGUGUGUGUGUGUGUGUGUGUGUGUGUGUGUGUGUUGCUCACAUGUGUGUAUGUGCACCACAUAUGUACCUGGCGUCCUCAGAAGUCAGAAGAGGUAGGUAUUGGGUCCCCUGGAACCAGAAUCAAGACAGUUGUGAGCUGCCACAUUGAGUUUCAGGUCCUCUGCAAAAGCAGCAAGUGCUCUUACCUGAGUCAUCUAUCCAGCCCAAGGUGUUUUGUUGUUUGUUUGUUUGUUUGUCUCAUUGUGUAACUCUGGCUGGUCUGGAACUCACUAUGUAGACCAGGCUGGUCUUGAACUUGUGAAGAUCUGCCUUGCUUCUUCCUCCUUCCCUUUGCCACUCAGUGUAGUUUAUACUUGUAAUCCCAGCACUUAGGAGACUGAGACAGGAGUUUUGCUGUGAGUUCCCAGGCCAGCUGAGCUACAAAGUAAGACCCUGUCACAAUAAAAUAAAAACAGAACCCCAGAGGCUGCAAAGACGGA